AUGUCUUGGAACGAUCAACUUGUCGGACUUAAGACUCAAUCCACAGGAUGUGCUAUCAUUACCCAACAGGGAGCCCUUUGUGCUUCUGAGGGCCAGUGGUCAGCUACAGCAGACGAACUUGUUAAGUACACAACUUAUUUUACUGACCCAUCACCAGCUCUCAGUGGAUUCAUGUAUGGCAACCAAAAAUUUAUUUGCAAUAGUGCAAACUCCGAAAUGGUUUUUGCAAUGAAAGGCAAGCAAGCUGUUGUCCUCCAGAAGACUAAGACCCUCAUCAUUGCUGGCUAUUCCAAUGGUGAUUUCCAUCCAGCUUCCCUUUCUGGUGCUGUUGCUAAGGUUUCGAAUUAUCUCAUUGGAUCGAACCUUUAA